AUGCCUCCCAAAGCGCCUGCUCCGUUCUCUGAACCGCUCCUACCCCAACUCGAUCUCCCUGUCAAUCCUUACUAUACCGAAAAGCAUCACCGCCUCCGAGCAUUCGUUCGCAACUAUAUAGAUACAGAAAUCGCCCCGUAUGCGCAAGAUUGGGAAAUUGCUGGACAAGUCCCUGAGAGCGUCCGCCUGCGACAUUGUCAGCUGGGCUUUGCAAUCACACAUCCAGUGAUGGAUCCUGCAGACACCGGAGGAAUCCAGCAACCGGCUGGAAUACCAUUCGAUGAGUGGGAUGUCUGGUGCGGAGUUAUUGUGUCUGAUGAGUUCAACAGACUGGGAUGGUGUGGUCCAAUGUGGGGAUUAGGAGGCGGCAAUGGCAUUGGAUGUCCUCCGAUCAGUCGGUUUGGCACCAAAGAGCAGAGACACAAGUGGCUCCCGAAAGUUGCAAGAGGAGAAUAUCGGUUUUGUCUCGGUAUCACAGAACCUGACGGCGGCAGUGAUGUCGCCAACAUCAAAACCACGGCCGAGCGAGUUGGCAAUGUCUACCGUGUGAACGGAAGCAAGAAGUGGAUCACCAAUGGUAUAUGGUGUGACUUCUGUACCACUGCUGUCAGGACGGGAGGACCAUCACAUGGUGGUAUUAGCUUGUUGGUAAUUCCAUUGAAGGCAAAAGGGGUCACUACGCGGAGAAUAGACAAUCAAGGAGUACAUGCAAGUGGAUCCACAUUCAUCAGUUUCGAGGAUGUCGAGGUACCGGUUGAGAAUCUGAUCGGGAAGGAAAACUAUGGGUUUCAGCUGAUCAUGUCGAAUUUCAACCCCGAGCGACUUGCCCUGGCCACUGCAGCACUUCGUCUUGCGCGAGUUUGUGCCUCUGAUGCUUACAACUAUGCUUGUGAAAGGGAGACAUUUGGCAAGCGCUUAAUAGACCAUGCCCCUAUCAAGACAAAGAUCGCCUCAUUCGGACUUCUCAUAGAGCCAGCCCAUGCCUUCCUAGAACAACUCUGCUUCAUCAUCGAAACUUCUCGGGUUACUGGCAAGGAGGUGAAUGUUGGAGGCAUGACUGCUCUAUUGAAAGUCAUGAGCACUAGAUGUCUCGAGCACGUCUGUCGCGAAGCUCGACAAAUAAUGGGCGGAGCAGGGUACACGAAGACUGGUAAGGGAGCUCGGAUCGAACAGAUCAGUCGAGAUGUUGGUGUCCAUGUGAUUGGUGGCGGGAGUGAGGAGAUCAUGGUUGAUCUUGCUGUGCGCCAGGAAGCACGAGACGUCAUCGUGAGAGCUCAGAAGGUUGCAGGCUCUAAAUUGUAA